UUAUACGAAUAUUAGCAACAGUCGAAAAUCACUAAUUGUUAAUCCAUGAGUUACCGACUUUAGCUAUUAUAAUUGCGGCCAAAAAAUUAACAAUUCAAAAUGAUCGGGCUAACAUAAAUCAAACAAGAGGUGACACUUAUUACAAUUCUCAAUGCGAAAAAUGGAAUCGAAAAAUAAAAAAUAAAAAAGAGCACUACAUUUUCUAUGCAGCAUUUGCAGCCACCUAAUCGUGCAGCGUGGUGCACGAUUACCUACUCCUCGCACAGCUCGCACACGUGCGCGGUGUACAGAGCUAUGCGUACGUUUUAAAAAUGGCCCUUUGCAGCCGUGUUAACUCGAACACGCUUUCGUGGUUAAAUCACUGUUAUUGCAAAAAAUUUUCGAUGGGCACGAGUAGAUUAAAAUCACGCGGUCUCGCCGCAAUAUCGCCAAUUUUUGUAAACCACAAGAACAAUAAGCAAGGUGCGGAAUCGAUGCUCGAGGCUGAAAUCGCCAGGAGAAGGACUCAGGCGUGUCGAAGCUUACUGAUACAAGUACAGUCGUCGAAGACGCACAACGAUCUCCAUGCGUAUUGCUCGCGGUUUGGAAACAUCUUGAGUAUGCAUCACUACCGGAUAAACAAUCAGCACAACUACAUCUUGGUCGAGUUCGAAAACAUCGCGUCGAUAAAUAAAGUUAUGUCGUACGCCUCCUUCAUAAACUGGGACAACAUCGCUCCCGUAAAGUCGUCGGUAUUAUGGUUUAGUAAGGGGCAAGGUGUUAGCUCGCAGAAAAAUUCGAAACAGACGUCUCUGUUUGUGGAGAAUGGUUGUACGUUACUUACCGAGCAGGAGAUCACAAAGUUAUUAUAUAAUACUAAAUCGAUAUCGGGGCAGAUAAUACUUCUCUACGACACGCUGAAAUUGACCGAUUUAGAAAUAAGGCUGAGAUUUCACACCGCUUACCACUUGGAGCAAUACUUCUCCAGGCUAUUUGAGAAUUUGAGAGUUCUGCCAUUUGGCUCCUCUAUAAAUGGUUUCGGAAAGAAAAGGUGUGACCUUGAUUUAGUUCUUGUUCCCGACAAUGAAAAACAUCAUAAUAAAAGCAGACUGGUAUUUCAUUCAAAGUGUCUGAAGCAUAGCGAUAGGAAUGAAACGAAAGAGUUUUUGGGAGUACUCGCGAACACCAUGUACCACUUCAUCCCCGGAGUCUUUAAUGUGAGGAAGAUCCUGGAGGCUCGUGUACCUAUAAUUAAAUUCCGCUACGACUACACGCAUACUGAAUGCGACUUAAGCGCGACAAAUAUGACUGCUAUAUAUAUGACCGAAUUGUUAAAUUUGUACGGAGAGAUAGAUUGGCGUGUAAGGCCGCUUGUUAUAGCGAUACGGGUAUGGGCGAAGAGUCAGGAAAUAACAUCCGACUUUCCGGGGCCAUGGAUAACGAAUUUUGCCCUUACGUUGUUAGUGCUGUUCUACUUGCAACAGAAAAAGAUAUUACCGUCCUUAAGAAUGUUGAAGUCGUAUGCGACGGAAGCUGAUGUUCGUUACGCGGAGAACGGCACCAAUUGCACCUUCCUGCGGAAUAUUGCCAAAUUGCCGGCCGAAUACAAGUAUAAUCCGAAUCAGGACACUCUGGAGACACUUCUACACGGUUUCUUCGAAUAUUACGCGUCGUUCGAUUUUCACACGUAUGGAAUAUGCAUCCGCGAGGGUACGGAGAUCCGAAAACCGGAGCGCUCGGCGCUCCACAUUACCAAUCCCUUGGAAACGACGUUGAACGUCAGCAAAAACGUGAAUCUCGUCGAGCUGAAUCAUAUAAUUGUGAAGUCGCACGACGCGCUUUACACGCUGGAGACAGCCGCCAGCAAGUCCAGGAGUGACGUCUGGGGUAUCAUGGCUUUAUUGAAAGUAAAUAGCGUUAACACAAAUCCAUCGAACGUAAAUCCGAAGAAGUCGAGUGGCGCGAAGCAACAAACUGUCGAGAAAUACUUGGAGAGUAUGCCUACCUCGGGGAAGUCGAAUAACGCGGAAGAACAAAUUGCUGAAAAGUACUCGGAGAGUGUACCUAAUGCGGAGAGCGAUUCCUACGAAAUUCCUGACAAAUUCGAGGUUAGUGAAGCUAAUAUUGAUGAAACAAAAACGCAGAAGAAAGAAAUAGUGUGAUACUCGAACGAAUAGCGACAAAAUAUAUGUACUUUAGUGCUGCAGAAAUACGUACGCUGUACGUACGUUUCUGCAUGAGAGAGACUUUCCUUUUUACAUCAAUGAUUUGGUACUAUCUAUAGUGGUGGUGCCAGAAAAUACAAAGACGUUUUAUCUUAGAGAGGAAGAAAGAGAAGAAACGACGGAGAGAGAACUUUUAUUGCGGUCGAUUGUGUGUACUGUACUAUAACGUAUGUGAAAAUAGAAAAGAAAAUGUACAUAAAAUCGACAAUUACGUAUAAAUCAAUUACGUAUAUGAGCCUUAAAAUAAAUACGUGUAAAAUAUCACAAUCCAGUUAUCAGAUUAAUUAAUUGGAAAUGGUUAUAUUGCCGCUGUGUUAAUUCUGAAAAAAAAAUUACGAGUGUCGGGAGGCCGGAAUGUUCUCUCGUAUUUGAUCCGUUGAAGCUCCCAGCUUUACGGCCUGCCUGUAAAAUUCAACAAGUGGGAUAUCGAA